UUUAAUGGGUUACGUUUUGUUUUCACACUGAUUGUGUUGUGCCUUGGCUGAGAAAGUUGGUGUUUUCUGUUAUUUUUAUUUUUAUUUUUUUCCCGAGACGGGUCAGUUGUCGUUUUGCUUUUCAACACUGUGUUUGUCCAUUGUUCCAUUUUUGGUUACCCAUUUCAUGUGACUUUCUGGAUUUACUUUGUUUCAAUCUCUCUUCUGAUAAAAGCAUGUAGCUUGAGAUAAGCUUCGGAUUUUUAAGCUGUUAGUGCACGUGAAGAUUCAGGAUUUUCCUGUGACACUGCGCAUGACCAUUUGUAAAUUUCCUACUCUUUUUCUUCUUAUGGAUAUACUUUAUAUGUAUCAGUAGCAGAUUUGCUAAAAAUUUGGUUUUAAGGUGGUAAUCCUAAUCUUUGAUUUAGUGCUCAAAGUGAUGUUGAUAUUUUGUAUACAAGUCUAGAGUACCAUUAUAUUUGAUAGCUUAUAUUUUAUGUUCUCAUAUGACAAAUUUAUUGAGUUGGGCUGUGCUAGCCUUUGCAACGGAAGAACUUGCUAAAAUAAUCUCUAUGUUCAAUUGUUUGUAUUUUGCUAUUUAUUUUCUGAAAACUUAUGGAGCUUCCUGUUCAAAUGUAUUGGGAUUUUCUAGUGUGCGUUGUUUAUAUUAUGUUCAUGACAUGAUAUUCAUUUACUUGUUAGGUUUACUUUUUGCAGAUGAAUCUUAUUUUGAGCAAACAUUUUUCUGUUGCUGGUUAAGUCUAUAGACAAGUCUAAACAAAAUAUACUCUCCCAAGAAUUUUCUCCACUUUUGUUUAAGCUUUUUUGUUAAUUGAAAAGUCUUUCUUAGUUUGAGGCUUUGAGCAUAACAGUAAACAGUGUUUUGAUUCGGGGUUAACUGGAUCUGGGUCUUCAAUUAUCUAAGUUUGUUAAGCUGCGUUAAGUGUGAUGUAGGAGAGCUGACAGAUGAAUCAGACUCGAUUGGACUUAAGAGUCCAUUCUGGAUCAACACAAUCAGAGGAGUCGGCCCUGGACCUGGAAAGGAACUACUAUGGUCAUCCUAAUCCUUCAUCCAGUCCUUCACCUGUGCAACCUUUUGCAGCAGGUGCCCAGCAUUCUGAUAGCAAUGCUGCCUACUUUUCUUGGCCUACGUUGAGUCGCUGGAAUGAUGCAGCGGAAGAUAGGGCCAACUAUUUUGGAAACCUUCAAAAGGGAGUGCUACCUGAAACUUUGGGUCGAUUGCCCACAGGACAGCAAGCUACUACCUUGCUUGAACUGAUGACUAUUAGGGCAUUUCAUAGCAAGAUCUUACGCCGAUUUAGUCUUGGCACUGCAAUUGGAUUUCGGAUUAGAGGAGGUGUUUUGACUGAUAUUCCAGCUAUUCUUGUCUUCGUUGCCCAUAAAGUUCACAGGCAAUGGCUCAACCAUGUUCAGUGCCUUCCUGCUGCCCUUGAGGGGCCAGGAGGUGUUUGGUGUGAUGUGGAUGUUGUGGAGUUCUCCUAUUAUGGUGCACCUGCACAAACUCCUAAAGAACAAUUAUAUACGGAGCUUGCUGAUGGCUUAAGGGGAAGUGGUUCAUGUGUUGGCUCUGGUUCUCAGGUUGCUAGCCAAGAGACAUAUGGAACCUUGGGUGCUAUUGUCAAAAGCCGAACAGGAAAUCGUGAAGUUGGUUUUCUAACAAAUCGACAUGUAGCUGUCGAUUUGGACUAUCCAAACCAGAAGAUGUUUCAUCCGUUACCACCCAGCCUUGGACCUGGUGUAUAUCUUGGUGCAGUUGAGAGAGCAACAUCAUUUAUUACUGAUGAUCUUUGGUAUGGCAUUUUCGCAGGAACAAACCCAGAAACAUUUGUUCGAGCCGAUGGGGCCUUCAUCCCAUUUGCAGAAGAUUUCAAUAUGAACAAUGUAAUUACAUCUGUAAAAGGUGUUGGUGAGAUUGGUGAUGUCAACAUUAUAGACUUGCAGUCUCCAAUCCACAGUCUCAUUGGAAGGCAAGUGAUUAAAGUUGGAAGAAGUUCUGGUUUGACUACCGGGACUAUAAUGGCCUAUGCCCUAGAGUACAAUGAUGAGAAAGGGAUUUGUUUUCUCACGGAUUUUCUUGUUGUUGGUGAGAACCAGCAGACAUUUGACCUUGAAGGUGACAGUGGAAGCCUCAUUCUUUUGACUGGUCAGAAUGGGGAAAAGCCACGCCCUGUUGGCAUUAUCUGGGGUGGGACAGCAAAUCGGGGUCGUUUGAAACUAAAAAUUGGCCAACCCCCAGAAAAUUGGACAAGUGGAGUCGACCUUGGCCGACUUCUUGAUCUCCUUGAAUUAGAUCUCAUAACAACAAAUGUAGCACUCCAAGCUGCGGUGCUAGAGCAAAGGAAUGGUUUUGCUGCUGGAGUUGAUUCUACCGUUGGAGAAUCCUCUCUCACUGUCCCAAUAAAAGAAAAGCUUGAAGAGAGCUUUGAGCCUUUGUGCUUGAACAUCCGGCAAGUUCCAGUUGAAGACGAACCCUCUCACGGAUUCAACCCAUCAUUAAGGCCCUGUGAAUUUCAUAUCAUAAAUGAGAUUGAUGCAGCUCCAAAUGUAGAACACCAGUUCAUUCCAAGUUAUGCAGGCAAGUCUGCAUUACAUCAAAGCUACCCAAAAGAAGACUUGAAAUUUAGAAGUCUUUCUGAACUAAGGAAUUGCCCCAAUGAAGAUAAUUUUGUUGCCUUGCAUUUAGGAGAGCCUGAAACAAAGAGACGAAAGCAUUCAAAUUCUUCUUUUAGCAUAAAAGAAUUAAAGUAACUAGUAGGGUUAAAACUGAAGUAAAAAGCAGCACAUAGACUAAAUGAAGCGACUAUCUCAUCUGCAUGGUUGUUCUCUACGCCUUAGAAACACACAGGCCUAUAGCAUGUCGUGGCUAGUAUGGGAGGUGCUUCAAAAUCCAAGGAUAAACAAGGUUCACUUCUGGAUAAAAUUCUUUCUUUUCUUUUUUGAUGUUUUGGUAAAGUGAUGAUAUUAGUCACUUGUGGGUUAUAUAAUAUUUUAUAGAGGAUAUUUAGCUUGCACUGUGUUAAAUGAAUCUUUGAUUUAUACCACUUUGUAGACUUUGUAUCAUAAGCACUCCUGAAGGGGGAGCAGCUAUUGUAAGUUAAAAGGAAUGUAAAAUAUAUCCUUUUCAAGCAGCUUCACUCUAUUCAG